AUGGCCCCUAGAAAAAAGAAUUUAAUCGCUGCUGAAAUUCCAACCCGUCUUGUCGGCUGUCAUUUAAUUAUAGCCUCCCUAAUUGGAUUGAUUUUCAAUAUUUUCAUGUUUUCCAAAUUUUUGGAAUUUGAAAAAACCAGUUUCUAUAUUUUAUGCACCUCUAAAACUGUAUCCAAUUUUCUUAUUUUGUUUGUAUUUUUGACAUAUUUAGGACCAACGAAUUUGUUGUACACCCAAAUUGGAUCCUAUGAUCUGAGUAAAUAUAUAAAUCAAGCAGUUGGUUAUGGAAUUUAUCUUCAAGGGCCAAUGACCCAAUUUCUGAUAACAAUUAAUCGAUUUUUGGUGAUUUGGUUUUCCCCAACCCAUGUGCCUAAAUACAGUAAUCAUGUUACUGUAGCUUGUCUAAUUGCCACGUGGGUUCUUUCGAUUUGGACUUCCACACUUUACGGUUUACCGGAUGACUGUCGUGUACCGAAAAAAUCUCGAAAUUCGCUCUCCUCCGAAGACAGUAAAAACCGUCAAAAAACAAAUAUUCGAUUUUUUCUGCAAUCUUGUGUUCAAGACUGGAUUUGCGCUUUGGAUAUUUUAAAUAACCUAACCGCAAAUCUUUAUUGUUUAAAUUUGUGUACUAUGUUAUUAACAUUUAGCUCAAAUGUGCUGGUUUAUGUGUUUGAUGGGAUUGCCAUGUAUCUAUUCAACCACCGUACUACUACAAAACGUGUCAAACCUAGUCGAGAGCCAACUAAAGAAUCGACCCAAACUAUCCGAGUUCCAGCUCCAGUUAACUAA